AUCCAGUCCAUCGAGUAGACGCUGGUUAGAUGUGGGCGGAGCCAUAGGUUACAAAUACAGCCCCUAAAGACCACCGAACGCACAUUACCUGUACCUGAACAUCUGAACACCUACAGGAGACAAAAUGAGUCCCAAACACGUCAUCUACAAGAAACUCUCCCGGGACAAAUCUGUUGGCGUAUACAUGGGCAAACGGGAUUUUGUGGACCACUGUGACUCUGUGGAUCCUGUUGAUGGUGUUGUACUGAUCGACCCAGAACAGGUCAAAGGAAAGAAAGUGAACGUCAUGUUGUCAUGCACGUUCCGUUACGGUCGGGAUGAUAUGGAUGUGAUGGGAAUUGCGUUCCGGAGGGACAUCUUCCUGUGCACCCGCCAGGUGUAUCCUCCUCUCCAGGAUAAAGAGAGCAGCGUACACUCCAAAAUCCAGGAGAAAAUCCUGCGGAAGCUCGGAGACAACGCUUAUCCGUUCUUCUUUGAGUUUCCAGAUAAUCUGCCGUGUUCUGUAGCUCUGCAGCCGGCACCAACCGAUUCUGGAAAGCACUGUGCAGUGGAGUUUGAGGUGAAGGCCUUCUGUGCAGAUAAUCAGGAUGAAAAAGCUCAGAAGAGGAGUUCUGUGCGGUUGGCAAUCAGAAAGGUCCAGUACGCUCCAGAAAAAGGCGGAGCGGCUCCAUCAGGCGAGACCACCUGUGAAUUCAUCAUGUCUGAUAAACCGCUGCAUAUGCGUGUCAGUCUGGAGAAAGAGAUAUAUUACCACGGAGAACCAAUCAACAUCAGUGUGGACAUUGACAACAGUUCCAACAGGAAUGUGAAGGACAUCUCAGUCGCAGUGGAGCAGAUUACUAAUGUGGUGCUUUACUCAAAUGACAAAUACGUCAAAAAUGUGGCCUUUGAGGAUACUACAGACACUGUGCCAGCUGGUACCAGUCUGAAGAAGAUGUACACACUCUCUCCUCUGCUGAAUAAUGAUAACCGUGAGAGACACGGUCUCGCUCUGGACGGAAAACUCAAACAUGAGGAUACUAAUUUGGCCUCCUCUAGUAUUGUAAAGGAUGAAGUUCUGAAGGAGAUUCUGGGCAUGAUGGUGACUUAUAGAGUGGUGGUAAAGUGUAAUGCAGCGGGUAUGGUUGGAUCCAGUGAGGUUGCCGUGGAGGUCCCAUUUAAACUCAUGCAUCCCAAACCUGAACCAGAGAGGUAAGCCACAAGAACGUCAUUGUGCUUGUUUAAAAUGCAACUGGUCUCCAUUAUCAGGGUGUAAACAGUCAGCACUCAGUUUGUCAAAUGUAUGAUUUUUAUCUUAAAGACUGUGUAUGGACUGUCUGUUAUAUAAUACCCUGCAUAUAUAUUCCAUGUGUCUCCAUUAGUUGCACAAUGCGUGGUGUACACUUACCUUUUUUAAAACAACAAACACACUCUUGAGAUGACAAAUGAUCCAUUUAGACUCUGGGAAGGGGAAGUUAAGAGUGUGAGGAUCGCAGAUAUCACGUCCGAUCUAAAUAUGAUCCUGUCUCUUGUGUCGAGCCCUAGUUUAAUACGGCUCUUUCAGUAAAUGUGUUGUUACUGUCCAGUAGAGACAAUAUUGUGGCAUCAGAACAGGUGUGUGUGUGUUGCUGACACAGAACACCUUUGUUCCUGUGAUUUUAAUGUUGCUAGUAUCUCUAUAUCUGUAAAACUAUCUGUCUUUUAUAGGCCGUUUGUGUUGAUUGAGUGUCUCGUUUGUCUCUUUGUGCACUUAUAAUGUUUUUGUGUGUCCAUGUGCGUGCAGUGAAGACACAACUGACCUGGUGUUCGAGGAAUUUAAACGCUCCUAUCUGAAGGGGGUCAUCGGCGAUGAUGAUGAAUCCCCAGUCGAGCCUUGAGAGACGCAGAGCUGAUCACGGAUGACACAUAUAGGUGUUUAAACACUUAUGUAGGCAGAUUAAUACGCGUUUAUGCGCAUGCUAAGGUUUGUAGAUGUUGCAGGAUGCCUGUAGUGUGUUUUUGCUCACUAUAAAUAAAUAAAAAGUUGUUUUAUAGUUAAAUUGAUUAUUAAGGAUUAUACCUUUAGACCACGACUUCUGCUCACAAAGAGCAAUUUAUAGCUGAUUAAAUGUUUUAAAGCUGUAGAUUUGAGAUUUGAUUCAUUUACAUUAAGUCUUAGCUACAUUAGCUACAUAUUGUGAGAACUCUGAGGAAAAUAAUUACACAUCUUAUAAACUAAAAGUUGCUUUUUAAGUUCCUUAAAUGAUAACCUUAGAGAUGAGUGUUAUAUAUCUAUAUAUCUAAAGCUUUCAGUAUGUAUUUACCCAUAAACACACUUCUGUAUAUUGAAGAGUCACAUUAUGUACUGUAUGAAUAGCAAAUCAUUCGCAGAUGUACAUUUAAAGAUGUCUUUUCUGUCCAGGGACGGAUUAUGACUUGCAAAGGCCCUGGGGCCAAUUAACUCCAAGGGACCCCCCCCCUUCCACCUGAAAGUUCUUGAGGGUCGGUGUUCAUGCCCAAAAGUCAGGGCUGGACUGGCAAUCUGGCAUACCGGGCAUUUUCCCGGUGGGCCGAUGCACUUUGGGGCCGAUCAUGGGCGGACUGGCCGUCAGGAGAACUGAGCGGGCCGGUGUUGCGUCUGAGAAACGUGCCGAACGGGACGUGAUAAGCAAAAUUGAGCCGCUGCGCUGUGCAGAACGGACCAUAAAACGGAACCGCUUUUGGCUCAAACAUGGCAACAGUUGGGCCAGUUUCCAUGUAAAAUCCCAGGCGAUUUCUCUUCCCAGUCCUGCCCUGACAAACGGCCUUAAACCCCAGGGCACCCCCGGGCAGUCAAGGGGCACCCAUUGGCCCGGUCGGUAAUCCGUCCCUGUUUCUGUCCUACAUUUUUGGUCCUUGUAAACAACCUUUGAGCUAUAAAAAUAAAACAACCUGUGAUGAGCAAUAACUGCGUUGACGUGAU